UGUCUUUGUUGUCUAUAAGUUAAUGUUUCAAUUCAUUUUUAAGUGGUACAGGAGCAGCAUAUAUUUUUCACAAGCCUAGAGUGCCCUCUAGUGGAUAUAGAAGGUAAUGUUUACUCCUUGGUUCAUGAAGACACUUAGGACUCAUUGUUUACCAGCAGAAUCCUCCAAAUCUGUCAAGAUCUCCUUUGGUUAACGCAGCAAAGCUACAAUUGCACGUAGAGCACGACACAGGCGACGCCUCUGCAACGGUGCGCCGUAGGAGGGGUCGUAGGGCUACCCGUGUUUACAGACGGAGGAGGCGCCAGAACGUCUCCUCUAGGACACAUAGGAGGGUGAAGAAAAAAUGUCCAGUAGAAAUCAACACUAUGGGUUCCAGUCGGCCACCAUGGUGCAGCCUGCCAACGGCGGCCAUGCCUACCUGUUUGGAGCCACCGGCUCAGAGAACGACCUGUCAGAGGAGGACGGUGAGAGCUUCGAGCUCCGGUCGCGGGGCAAAGAGAGGCUGCGGAAGAGCACCUCCAAGGAGCGUCUGGAUGACAUCAUCUUCCUCAGCAGAGACAUCCAGGAAGGGGACACCCUGAACAGCAUCGCCCUGCAGUAUCAUUGCUCGGUGGCGGACAUUAAACGAGCCAACAACCUCCUGACAGAACAGGACUUCUUCGCUCUGCGCUCGGUCAAGAUUCCUGUGCGGCGCUUCAGCGUCCUCACAGAGACGCACGGCGCCGGUCCUCCCAAACCCGUCUCACCCCCCGGAGCCAGACGGGUGCCCCAGAUUUCCGCCGCCACGCCUCUCCCCACCGAGUCGUCCACAGACUCGUGUUCCUCCGCCGACAGCGUGGAGGGAUUCCUCCUAGAGAAGGACAAGGACAUCGAGCAGCUGGUGAAGUCCACAGGGCCGUCGCGGAGCAGCCUCAGCGAGGUCGUGUCGUCCUUAACGCUGCAGCAGCAGCAGCAGCAGCCGCUGCUGGGAGGAGGGGAGUAUAAACCCGUCCAGAGGAGGAAGGACCCGUAUUACGGCGCAGACUGGGGGAUGAGGUGGUGGACCGCGGUGGCCAUCAUGCUGUUCGUCGGCAUCGUCACGCCCGUCUUUUAUCUGCUCUACUACGAGGUGCUUGUAAAAUCCGACGCCAGCCACCACGGCGUCCCGACCCAGCCCUACGGCGGUGGGCAACACGAACAGCCGGAAAAUAAAAUCCUGGACGUUCCCAGGGAAGACGGCCUUCCCGGGGAGGGACUUAAACCCGCGGUCAAAGCUGACCCACAGAGACACGGUGUGGAAAAUGCUGCUGUUGAAGAGUCGUUGCUUAAGAAAACAUAGCAGGACUUUGAUUCCCACAUGUAAAGAAACUCUUUUUAAAUAGCCUUAACUUGAUUAAAAAAAAAAGUGUAAUCCGAUUCCUUGGGACGUAUAAAAACAGUAAAGCCUGGAAAACGGGUAGUGUUGCAAUAAUUCUGCGUCAGUCUAUAAAUUGUUAAAGUAGGAGCAUUGAAAGGCUGAAAGAAAAAGAAACGACCCUCUAAUUACAGUGCCAGGUCAGCUGUAACCGUGACGCGGUACGAUGGAAAAAUGUUUAUUUUGUAAUUUAUACUGGUGCACUUUAAGCCAGCUGUAAAUGAAUAUGUACUUUUUAAGAAAUUUGAUGCGUUAUGUCUGUAUUUAUUCCAUGAUAAAUUAGCGGCUGCCUCCUCCGACUUCAGUUAUUCGGAUCUGCCGCAGCAUUUUUAUUCAUUUUUGUCCAAAACCAGAGUUGGACGUUGACCACUUCUUAUUUGCAAAGGUAAGACUGCUUCAGCUGUGGUUGGUUAGACUUAAUUUAUUGUAAAAACUGAGCAUUGUUUUUUGUUUUUUUCUUCCUGUAUCAGUAUUGGAAUGCCAGUUGAAGCCUUGAAUCUGUCUCUUGUUUAAGUUAGCGUUGAGAACCAGCCCAUAAUUGACCACCGGAGCUGUCUGGGGAUCUCGUUCUGACUUCCACGUGCAACAAUGUGAACUCCUUACACCUUGCUCACAUAGCCCUUUUAUUUCAUCACAGUGUUAACUUGAUUUUCUCUGACAAAGCAUUGUUGAGAAAUUGACAGUAUGUGCCUUUAAACUGUGCUCCCGCGUGGAGAAUAAAUAAAUAUAUUUUCAAUA